GUUAAUCUCAACAAAUUUAUCUCCUCCACUCUUCCAUCCGCGGAUCCGAACCCUUUCAUUUUUAUAAAUUAAUAUACCCUUUUCCCAAAUUGACAAAGUCUAAUAUAAUUUCUGAAGCUGAGAUGGCCGCAGCCGCGACGAUGGUGAGCUCGGCGGGAGGUUUAUUGGCGAUGCUGAACGAGACUCACCCGGCACUUAAGUUACACGCGCUUUCGAAUCUCAACGCCUUUGUUGAUUACUUCUGGCCUGAGAUUUCCACCUCCGUGCCCAUAAUAGAAAGUUUGUAUGAAGAUGAAGAGUUUGACCAAAGACAACUGGCUGCUUUACUUGUUUCAAAGGUUUUUUAUUAUCUAGGCGAACUUAACGACUCCUUAUCCUAUGCCCUUGGAGCUGGCCCUCUAUUUGAUGUUUCAGAGGAUUCGGACUAUGUUAAUACCCUACUUGCUAAAGCAAUAGAUGAGUAUGCCAAUUUCAAGACUAAAGCUUCUGAAGGGAAUGACCAAUCUGCAGUGGUGGAUCCUAGAUUGGAGACUAUUGUUGAGAGAAUGCUUGAUAAAUGUAUACUAGAUGGAAAAUAUCAACAAGCUAUUGGAAUGGCCAUUGAAUGCCGAAGACUGGAUAAGCUCGAGGAAGCAAUUAUAAAGAGCGAUAAUGUUCAUUCAACCAUUAAUUACUGCAUUGAUAUCUGUCAUUUGUUUGUUAAUCGAAGAGAAUAUCGUUGUGAGGUGCUUCAUCUUCUUGUCAAAGUAUACCAGCAAUUGCCUUCUCCAGAUUAUUUAAGCAUUUGUCAGCGCCUCAUGUUUCUGGAUGAACCGGAUGGUGUUGCUAGCAUAUUGGAAAAGUUGCUGCGAUCAGAUAAUAAGGAAGAUGCUCUGCUUGCAUUUCAGACAGCGUUUGAUCUUGUUGAGAAUGAGCACCAAGCUUUCCUUUUGACUGUGAGAGAUAGGCUGUCGAGUCCCAAAUUACAAUCAUCAGAGCCUGUGCAGUCAGGUUCUUCAGAGCCAGAUUCUGUGCGAGAUGGAAUUGCCACCUCAUCAGAAGAUGUUCAAAUGACGGAUGGAACUCAAGUAGAUAAGAGUGCAUCAUAUGCUGAUCCAAAUGAAGCAGUUUAUGCUGAAAGGUUAACAAAAAUCAGAGGAAUUUUGUCAGGAGAGACUUCUAUUCAGUUGGCUCUGCAAUUCUUAUACAGUCAUAACAAAUCGGAUCUCCUUAUGCUCAAGACAAUAAAACAGUCUGUUGAGAUGAGAAACAGUGUCUGCCAUAGUGCAACUAUAUAUGCUAAUGCAAUUAUGCAUGCUGGAACUACUGUGGAUACAUUCCUCAGGGAGAAUCUGGACUGGCUGAGCAGGGCAACUAAUUGGGCCAAGUUCAGUGCAACAGCAGGACUGGGUGUUAUACACAGAGGCCAUCUGCAGCAAGGAAGAUCAUUGAUGGCACCUUAUUUGCCUCAGGGUGGGGCAGGUGGUGGUGGCAGUCCAUACUCAGAAGGUGGUGCACUUUAUGCUUUGGGUUUAAUUCACGCGAACCAUGGGGAGGGAAUUAAGCAAUUUCUUCGAGAUAGCCUAAGAAGUACCAAUGUGGAGGUUAUUCAGCAUGGGGCAUGCCUAGGCCUUGGUUUGGCUGCUUUAGGAACUGCCGACAAUGAUGUCUUUGAUGACAUAAAAAAUGUGCUUUACACAGACAGUGCUGUUGCUGGUGAAGCUGCUGGAAUUAGUAUGGGUUUACUGAUGGUUGGAACUGCAAGUGAGAAGGCUGGUGAAAUGCUUGCUUAUGCACAUGAGACGCAACAUGAAAAGAUUAUCAGGGGAUUGGCAUUGGGAAUAGCACUUACAGUCUAUGGAAGAGAGGAAGAAGCAGAUACACUGAUUGAGCAAAUGAUACGGGAUCAAGACCCUAUAUUGCGCUAUGGUGGCAUGUAUGCACUGGCGUUGGCAUACAGGGGAACUGCUAACAAUAAGGCCAUUCGCCAAUUGCUGCAUUUUGCUGUGUCUGAUGUGAGUGAUGAUGUCAGGCGGACUGCUGUCCUGGCUCUUGGGUUUGUCUUGUACUCUGAUCCAGAGCAGACUCCUCGGAUCGUUUCCCUGUUAUCUGAGUCUUACAACCCGCAUGUUCGGUAUGGUGCAGCAUUGGCAGUUGGAAUUUCAUGUGCAGGUACUGGUCUCAGUGAGGCCAUAUCAUUGCUAGAGCCUCUGACAUCAGAUGUCGUUGAUUUUGUUCGUCAAGGUGCUCUAAUUGCAAUGGCCAUGGUGAUGCUGCACUCCCCUUCCUGCACUGGGUUGGUGGAUUUUUGCAACAUCUUUAAUCUCGUCCUUUGGAAAAUGAAAGCUGAGAAGCAAUCAACCAAACUGAUUUGUAACGUUUGCUAUUGCCAGGUUGAUAAUCCUGCAGACAAGAAGGCAGAGCCAGAGCCAUCUUUUGAAUUAUUGACCAACCCUGCCAGAGUGGUUCCUGCUCAGGAAAAAUUCAUCAAAUUCCUGGAAGAAAGCCGAUAUGUGCCAGUGAAGUCAGCACCCUCAGGAUUUGUUCUUUUAAAAGAUCUACGUCCAAAUGAACCUGAAGUGUUGUCCCUCACUGAUACACCCUCAUCAGCAGCAGCUGCAUCGAAUGUUGGUGGAUCAGUUACUGGACAACAGGGCUCAGCCUCAGCCAUGACUGUCGAUGAGGAGCCCCAGCCGCCCCAGCCAUUUGAGUACACUUCGUGAUUUAUUUUUAUUUAAAAGGUUCUUGUCUGUUGGAAUGUCAAUUCCAAACUGUGGGACCAGGGCAUUCAUCGGAUCAAUUUAUUGAUUAUCUAGAGUUUCUCCUACGUCAGUUGAGAUGGUGAGUUUGUCGCUUUUGCUUUCAAUUUCUUGCUUGUGUACUCCAGGUAUUUUCAUAUGUUCACAAGGUGGGAAAAGAGUGGAAAUGUUAAGAAACUUCCAUUGCCUACGACUUCUCUCUUUUCUGUAAUUCUAUCAUCAUAAGUUGUGAAAAGUGAAUUUGAACGAACUUGCAGAUUCAUUGUUUAGAGCUGUACCAAGUUUCCAGGUGACUGGGAUUCACUAUUUUCUGUUCGCGGGAACUGACCCAUGAUAAUUGCAAGAGAUGUAGUUUAUUUUUUGCUUGCUUAUGAACUUCUGGCCUGUGCAUUGCCUA